GGAAAAGAAACAUGCUAGGAAUCCGAAUCCCCUAGCCCAACAGAACUGCUGCUGCUCUCUUAGGAAACCCCGUGGAGACACCAGAUCUGCUCCGUGUUGUCUGACAUUCCUUUUCCACGGCCCUGCACUCUGUCCUCGCAGUGUUUGUGGACAGCAUUUAAUUCACUCUCGUGGCCAGGGGAGGCAUGCCGUUGCACGGACAGACCAGGGCUUCCUUAGCCACGACUUCCGGUGGUUUCCCUUUCCUUGUCUUCUGUAAAAAGGGCUGCUCCACUGUCUUCGUAGCUGUGUCUGCGCAGUGCAUGUCCUUUCCGUGGGAGGGAAAGUGUGUCACAACCUGCUGCUGGCUGUGUAGACGGGGUUCCCCUGAUGAGAGGACCCCAGGUCCAGGAGGCGUUCAUGUAAAGUGUGUUCAUCUGCUUUCUGUCACUAUAACAGCACCCGGGGCAGGCUGAGUUCGCACAGAAGUUUGUUUUGCUCACAGGUUUGGAGAUUCAGGAGGAUCACAUUCGCUCACGCCUGGUGAGGGCUCCUCGCUGUCACUUCAUGGCAGAGGGAGAUGGCGGGACCCUGAGUGAGAGGAAGAGAUCCUGUCACCCACAGGAAGCCAGGCAGGCUGGGUUCCUACCACCCGAGAACCUCCCAUCAGGCUCCACUUAAAGCCCCGCCACUUCCCACCACCACACUGAGGACCAAGCCCACACGGGAGCCUUUGAGGGGUGCACCCAUCCAUUCCCAACGCCCAGCACCAAGGAAACACCGGUGGCGGUGGUGCCUCUCCUGUGGGCAGCUGGAGCUCAAUCCUGCUGGGGGACUCAGAGCCAGCUGAGAACAUGCAGCCUUAUCCCACCCAACAAGCAAGGCUGUUAGAUAUCUGAACGCCUGGCUCUGUCAGUGACUGGCUGAGACCCACUCUCGGGACUGCUCGUUUCCUUGCACUGCCGGUUGGUCACCAAGGGGACUUUAAAAGCCAGAAAGAGCCUGCCGAGAGAAAGGCAGGUGGGCUGGAGGGGGGUGGGCCCAUGUGCACCGAGGUGGGAGGAGCAGUGGAUCUGGCUGGGGCACCCCUGGCUUUGCUGCCCUUGGCAGCUGACAGAAGACAUUCCCAAGCUGCAGCCACAGAGUCCCUGUCAGUGUGCGGGAGCCGGGCUCCCACUCCCUUGUCACUGUGAAGUGCCGCCUUGAAUAAGAAAGUCCUCAGUUUGAUAGGCAAGAAGUGGGAUCUCAUUUGAAAUGAGCUGUUGUUAUUACAGUUGAUAUUUGCAAGCUUAUGAACCAGUUGUAUUUCUUCUUGGAGAAUGCCCCUUGCUCAUUUUUCCUGUUGGGGUAUGUUAGCCUGAGUGCCUGUGGCGCUGAUGAGAAUUGCUCUACACCAUCAAUAUUUUCCUACUUGUCUCCCUCGCCUUUAGGGAUUUUUGUUGAUUCUUGUGUUUUUGUUUGUUUGGCUUGGUGUUACAGAUAGAAGAUCUAAACCUGUAGGCUUCAAAUUGCAGCUGAGGUCGCGGAGGGGAGCUGGGCUAUCAGCCAGCCUCCCGACCUCAGGUCCUGAUCCCGUUACUGCUUCCCAGAGGCUGGAGCAAAACCUGCCCACACCAGUUCCUUCCCGACACCUUGGAGGCUCCACGAUGGUUCUUAUAACUACAUUCGCCCUCCUUCAGACCCUUCCUGGUCCACGCAGCGACCAUCUCCUAGCCUCCCUGACCAUGCCCUGUGAGGCCCCUCUUACCUCAGGAGCCCCCAAAGUGCUCAUGACCUCACACAGCUCAUACGCCUUUGAGUCUACAGCCCUCAGGCCUUCUUGUUUCUAAGAGAAUCCAACUUAGCCCAUCUUAAGCAAUAAACCCAACGUUUUUGGAAGGAGACCGGCUUCCUGCCAACAUGAGGCUCAUAUCCAAGUCUGUCCCUGUUUGCUCUGGGCGCCUGCUUGACUCUUUCCGCCUCUCAAGGCCUUUUCUGUUCCUCAAUCCCCAGACCCCUUUUGUCCCAGCUCCCAAGACCCUAUAAGACACUGACUAUAUCCUCUACCCAGAAUUCCAAAUGCCCAAAGAUCUGAUUGGUCCAGCUGGAUCAGGUGUCCACUUCUUGUCCAAUCAGGAAUAUUGAUGAAGGGGUAACAGAGUGAGAACAUGGCUGCCAGGACCCCAUUCCUGUGGCCCCGUAGGUCGGGGAAGAAGGAACCCUGUGAGAUGAUGGGCAGAACCCCAAAAUGUGUCCACUGCAUGGAGGUUUCCUGAGUCAGCUUCUACACAUAUCCAUUUUCUCAUCCGUCUUGGCCCUUUCAUGGGUUUGAGUUCACAGGUUUCUACAAACUCCAUCUUUUCGUAUUUUCCCAUUAGUGUCCACAGAGGCUGAGGUGGGAAGCUCAGGAGAGUGACAGACCCUAGGAGAGGCCAAUUCUGUGGAUGAAUUGAGAGCCAGUCCUUGGGAGGAUCACGGCUGAGCAGCCUAAUGGGCACGCGUGGACAGCCAGGUCUCCGCUGUCCACGUUUCCACUGAUGUGUGUGAGGCAGAGAGCAGAGCUUUCUCGUGUGGUUGAUUUCUGUUCCGUGCAGAAGAGGGCUCUGAGGAAAGAGCUCUGGGACGAGAUGACGGAAGUAGCGACAGAUUCAGAGGAAGAUGUGCCAGAGGAAAUCGAGGACCUGAGCCCCCCUGACUUGGAUCGCACUGGCACUUUCCAACAAGUCACGAACCUCCUGGACAUCAUGGACAGUGAGCCAGCGACGACGGACACGACCGGGUCAGGUGUGGACCUGCGGAAGACCCUGGCCUCGGGGAUAAUCACGGAGAAGGCGGCCAGCGCACCCUCUGUGGUGAUGAGCGCACUCAUCCGCUGCCUGCAGGUGCCGGAGAUCUCCCCCCAGCGCAAGGUCAACAUCUACAGCAUCCUCCAGGAGAUCAUCCAGCAGCAGGGCGAGCUGGAGGAGCAGUGCGUGCAGAGGCUGGUGGCCAUCGCCUCCCGCGAGAUGAGGGAGAGCCCCGAGGUGGAGGGCUAUGUGAAUGCGGAAGUGGCCAGUGACACCCUGGUGGCCCUGUCCCGCAACCACUUCAGCCUGGUCAUGUACGAACUGCAGCACCACCUCAAGCCCCUCCACCUCACCGACGAGUUCGUCAUCGUCACCUUGGCCAAGCUGGCCAACGGCAACGUGUUCGAGUUCAUGCCGUACAUGGGCAUCACCCUGGCCACCAUAUUCACAAUGCUGAGGCUUGCCAACGAAGCCAAGAUGCGCCAGGUGAUCUGUAACGCCAUGGAGACCUUCUGCGAGACGGUGCAGUUCUACCUGCGGCACCUGGAGGACAGCGUGUACCCUGUGAUGACCGAGGACCAGUUCGCUCUGAAGCUGUUCCCCAUGUACCGCUACUUUGUGACCGUGUGGCUGAGGCACCAGAACCCGGAGUUCCUGUGGCAGGUGAAGCUGGGGGUCAUCAAGUCCCUGAAGCCCAUGCUGAACCUGCUUCUGCCCAAUGAUGACCUGCGGGAGCAGGUCUAUGACUACAUCCCCCUGCUGCUGGCCGAGUACCAGGGCAGCCUGGAGGCGCUCUUCAUCACACAGGUCCUGAGGCAGAUCCUGGAGAUGUCCGUCUCCACCAACACCCCCAUCCCCCAGAUGCAGCUGCACCCCCUCUUCACAGAACUUCACGUGCAGGUGUGCACCAAGGCCCCGGCCCAGCACCAGUUCAGCAGCCAGAACCUGGUGGAGAUUGUGCACUGCUUCAUAGCCCUGGCGCACUCCUACCCCAAGGAGCUGAUGCGGUUCUUCUUCAGCCAGAUGGAGAUAAGCCAGGAGGCCGUGCGCGUGGGCACCCUGACCCUGAUUAGGGCUGUGGUCAGCGCCAACAAGCCCAGAAUGAACAUCAGGACUGUCUGCCUGGCCAUCCGCGUGGUCAAGAACACGCUGUCCGACACCCGCUCCAAGGUGCGGAUGGCCAUUCUGCGGAUCAUCAGCCAGCUGGCUCUGUCCGGCUACCAGGACAGGAUCAAAGGCUGGGGACUGAAGUACGUGUCGGUGCAGCUGACCUUAUCCACGUACAAACUGACAAAUUGCCGGGAGAGCUUGUGCCACAGGGACCUGGAGGAGAAGAUGGUGCACAGAGUGACCAUGGACACCGUGAAGGUCAUCACGUCUUCCGUCAGUGGCAUGAGCAACGAGUUCUGGGUGAGGCUCCUGUGCUACAUCAUGGAGACAAACUACACGGAGGCCCUGACGCCCAUCUGCAUCAGCCUCACCAACCUGGCGGAGCGCCAGCUGCACGGCCAGGAUGUGGAGGCCGGCGUGGCCAGCAAGAACAAGCUCGUGGACCUACCCACCCCUCAGAAGCUGCUGGCCCGUCUGCUGGUGCUGAUGUCGUCACCCUACAAGGGGGAGGGCCGUGGGGUCGCCAUGCUCAACCUCCUGCGGACACUGAGCCAGAGCAUCGUGCCCUUCAUGGCAGACGUCUGGGAGACGGAAAUCCCGCUGCUGGUGCGGUACCUGGAAGAACACACGGAGUUUACCUGGAACCAGAAGGCCUGGGAGGACAAACUCUUUCAGUUUCUGAAGCACUCUCUCAAGAAGACCCGGGGGUCCACCUGGAUCCUGCGCCUGAGCAGAGAGCUCAACAACCAGAUGGAGAACUUUGACAGCCCCUCCGUGGAGAAGGGCUUUCUGUACCAGGCCCUGGGCUUCACCUUGGCCAUGACCCCGGAGGCCGACAAGGUGGAGGUGCUGCUCCUGGAGCUGCUGUACAAGACAGACUACGGCAACGGCUUCGACCGGGAGGGUGUGAGUGUGUGCUUUGGCCUGUGUGCCCGUGGCCAGGUGAAGACGGUGCUGAAUGUGCUCCAAGACUUCGAGGAGCGGAUCCAGGAGUCGGAGCGGUCCUGGCAGAUCGGGGCUUGGCGGGUACGGUCUCAGCCGCAGAGCGCAGAAGGACCACCCCUGGGGGCGAGAGACCGUGAAGAGCGCCUUCAUGGUGAUGUACAGCCGUGUGGCCUCCUACUGCCACCCCCAGCUGCUCCUCACCCUCGUGGACAACCUCAUCACCGCCAAAAUCAUUCACCACUACUCCAGCAGCUGCCAGGUACCCACACCUGGCACCCGAGCGAGGGGUGCUCCUCCAGCCAGGACAUCAGCCUCAAAAUGGCCUUCAUGAAGAGCGUUGCACAGGUCACCAGCGCCAUCAGAGGCGUCCAGAGUCUGGAGGACUUCCAGUUUGCCCACAAGGUGACCCUCACCAGCACUAUUGUGGCGAUCAUCAAGGCCGAGCCGCCCGACCAGCUGGCUUCCCCUGUGCGGACCAUGGCGAUGGAGGCGCUGGCCCACCUGAGCAAGCUGAAGCCUUUCUACUCCCUAGAGGAGAGCAGCGAGCUGAUGGACAUCAGCAUCCACUCGGUGAUUUCUCUGCAGCCCCCGGGAGGGGACAACGAGUCCAUGAAGGCCCUGUAUGGGAACGCCCUGAGUGCCCUGGAGCAGCUGAUGGAGAGCCUCCUGCAGAGGCACCUGGACCCCAGGGGGCUGCAGGAGAUGGUGCAGCUCCUGGAGAAGUGGAUCCUGUCGGAGAAAGAGUGGGAGCGGGAGAAGGCCAUGAACCUGCACCUGCACCUCGUGCAGAUCUACGCACAGAGCAUCGGCGUCUGCAUCCCCCUGAAGCUGGGGCAGUUUGGCACGUUGGUGGGACUCGUCGCCCCCUGCACCUGUGACACCCACCUGAGAACCCGCGUGGCCUCAGCCAGAGUCCUGUCCUGCCUGCUGGACCUCCACGCGAGCCAGACCUGCUCCCUGUGGGGCGCUUCCAAGGAGAAGGAGCUGGAGAGGUGUGAGAAGGACCUGUGGGGCGCGGAUGCCGACUCGAUUCUCGGCGCGACCGCCCGAAUCGCCAAGGCAGUCUGCGUGGAGUUCAGCGGCGGCGAGCUGGUCUCCCUGGUCCAGAAGCUCUGCGAGAACAUCGGGGCCUUGGGCCCGCAGCACGACAAGGCCUCGGUCACCUGGAUCAGCACGUUCCUGCAGACGCGGGCCUGGGAGCUGGAGGACGAGGUGGCCGAGAUCCUGGGCGCCAUCCUGGUCCACCUGCCCGUGGCGGAAGACCCGGACGUGCGGCGCCUCCUCAUCGAAGGCAUCCUCCUCCUGGCGCAUUACCACCAGGACACCGUCCUCACGGCGCUGCUCAGGCGGCCCCUGCCCAUGGAGAGCCACCUGACGGAGGUGUGGCUGGCCGUGGCCAAGAGCACGCCCUUUGCAAGGACCGUGCUCCGUGGCCUGAUGGGCCGGCUGCAGUCGCGGUUCACUCGGAGGGUCAACGCCACCUCCAAGGCGGACAUUUGGCGCAUGGCCGCGGUGGACCCCCUGAUGACGCUGUGCACCACCCACCUCCUCAUUGAGAAUGUGGACGACGACGACGAGCUGUCCGACCUGGCCCCUGACCUCAUCUACACCCUCCUGCUGCAGCUCGGCUGCAGCUACCAGCCCGAGGCUGCCUCGCCCGCCCUGAAGACCUGGAGGCUGGUCCAGCCGGGGCCCCUGCCCGAGGAGCUGACCCUGCAAAGGGUCGCCGUGAAGUCCAUGCAGCUCUUGUUCCGGAGGCUGCACAGCGAGCGCCUGCUGCGGGCCCUGGAGGAGCAGUCGGUGUGGACCCUGCUGGAGAGCAGCGGGACCUUCCUGCAGGGAGUGAGCCUCCUGGCCAGGCUGUGCGCGUGGCUCCUGGCAGGCUACCGGCAGAGACUCGCGGAGCUCGUGCUCAGGGGCAUGGACUCGGACGUCCUGAGCUGCCGCGUCAGCAGCACGGCGGUCUGCGUGGAGUUCAUGGGCGAGCCGGUGCUGCACCAGGAGAAGCUGCUGAGGCCGGCGGUGCUGCUCCUGGAGAGGGGCGCGGAGCAGGAGGAGGACGAGGCCCUGCGGGUGCUCUCCCUGCGCGCCCUGGGGAACAUGGCCCUGGGGGCCCCCAGGAAGGUGAAGCAGUACCGGAAGCUCCUGCUGGAGACUUGCCUGGGCUCGCUGCGGGUCCCGGCGAGCACCCGCGCCACCGCGGAAGGCAUGGAGGCCCUGACCAAACUCCUGGCCGAGCUCCGCGAAGGGGACGUGGGGGCCUCCUUCGACGCCAUCUCCGAGCACUGCAGACUCUUCUUCGACAACGAGAGCGAGCUCCUGCGCUUCAAGGCCUUCGAGCUCUUUGGGAAGCUGGCGACGGUGGUGGGGAUUUCCAAGAAGCAUUUCUUCAAGGGCGAAGUGAGGAAGGCCUGGGUCCCCCUGUUGCUGCACUGCCAGGACCCCUGCUCCAACACUGCCCAGGCCUGCACGGCCACCAUGUUCCAGUGUGUGCACUUCUGGGGCUGGAAGUCCCUGGAGCGGCCCCCAAGGCAAGGCAAGGCCAGCGCCGACGACCUGGCUGUGUUCCAGACAACCAUGUGCUCCGUGCUGACUCAGAAGAAGCCGGCGGUCCUCUACUGCUUCCUGCUGGAGACGCUGACCUACGUCAGCAACAAUCUGUCCAGGAUCAGAAUCGCCUCCUGUAACCUGGCAGGGAUUAUGAUGAAGCAGAUGUCUGCCCACUACCUGAAAAAGCUGGACUUCCCCUCCCUCCGCAACUCGCUCCAGGAGCUCCAGCUGGACACGGACCCUGGCGUCCGGAGGGCCGCCCUGGAGACCCUCCAAGUCUUGGACGGCUGCAGCCAGCACUGGGUUUCGGCUUUGCCAGGAGGAAGGUCCUAGGUGGCUGGUGGUUCCUGGUUCGGAC